CUAUCGAUCGCAUUGUUUGCAAGCGCCUUUCAUAGUCUUCCUACACAACGGAGUGAGUACGUAUUACGCAUUCGAUGGAGAAAUCGGGCAGCAACGUGUGGAAUAAAUCAAAGUUCGUAAUAGAAAUCAGUGAUCGAAGAAGAAUAGUAUGUAUAAAGUACUUCACAAUCAAGACAUAAAACACGAGUGCUCGCGGUCAGGGGGACUGCACGCUUAUCCUGAUCAUUUCAGGGAACCUAAAAAGCUUUACCUCUAAACCAGCCGUCUGCUAAAUGAUCAUUUAAAGGUUCCUGUCCUCUGGUAGGACUUUGUAUAUAGUGUAAAUAUCGCUUUUCUAACAAAGGAUCUCGCUCAAAUAAAAGAAAAAAAAAAAAAAAAAACGAGCAAGCUCGAAGAAUCGAAACAAGUCACGCGGGGAUUUCAAGGAGUCGAGAGAAUUCGAAAGAUUGCACUAUUCCAAACCCCAUAUAUAAUAUCCGACGCAUGCAUCAACCUAGAACGCACUGACUCAGUCAACUAGUUCGCAAAACGCAACAAAAGAAAUAAAGGAAAGAGGAAGAUUGUUGGGAGAGAAAGAACGAGUGAAAAGAACGAGAGCACAAGAUGAAGCAACAAGCGUCGGAAGAAUUCCCUUUAUGGAUAAAGUUACUUUCCGCAGGCACAGCAGCCUGUAUCGCUGAUUUAGCGACGUUUCCUUUGGACACCGCCAAAGUCAGAAUGCAGAUUGCCGGAGAAAGUCGUCCUCUUCUAUUGGCGACUACGGAUGGCUCCAUGCUCGCGAUGCGAAAUACGCAACCAGGAUUAUGGAGGACAGUAAAGAACAUCGUCAGACUCGAAGGAGCAAGGAGCCUGUACGGAGGUCUGUCCGCGGGACUCCAGAGACAGAUGUGUUUCGCCAGCAUACGGUUGGGCCUCUACGACGGGGUGAAGUCACGCUACGCUGGAAUCAUCGACGAGUCGGCCGUCGAAAAGGAAGUAAAGGAAGAAAGAAGGCUUACAGAUAAUCACUGCCUCAAGAGUAGUAAUAACAGGAGCGCGAGCGGAUCGAAGAGUAUCUCCGUACGAAUCGCCGCUGGAAUCACGACAGGCGCCCUGGCGGUGCUCUUUGCUCAACCGACCGACGUCGUCAAGGUACGCCUACAGGCUGGAAGUAAUGGAAGAUCGGUGAGAUAUAGCUCCACCCUGCAAGCGUACAAGAAUAUCGCUGCCGAAGAAGGAACGCGGGGCCUUUGGAAAGGAACUGUGCCCAACAUCUCGAGAAACGCGAUCGUGAACGUGGCGGAGAUCGUUUGCUACGACAUUAUCAAGGAUUUCAUCUUGGAACACGGAUACCUGCGCGAUGGGAUUCCCUGCCACAUUACGGCCGCGGUGGCGGCAGGGCUGUGCACCACGUUGGCAGCCAGCCCUGUGGACGUGGUGAAGACUCGUUACAUGAACAGCGCCCCCGGCGAGUACAAGGGCGUCAAGGAUUGCGCUGUUCGUAUGAUGAUGAAGGAGGGGCCGUCCGCGUUUUACAAAGGCUUCGUGCCCAGCUUCACGCGGCUCGUUUCCUGGAACAUCGUUCUCUGGAUCACCUACGAGCAGUUCAAAGUCUACGCGAAGAAGCUGAACCAGUAAACAAUCGCACAUCCCUCUAUCGACCUGGGCGCAUCUUCGUCGAUUCACUUACACAAACACAAAACACAGUUAGACACACACAACACACAGACACUUAGACAGACAUAUACACGCGCGGCAACCGUGUUUUAAUCAAACUGCAGCUUCAUAAUCUGUAUUUCGAUCGUGUAGCUUAGGGAUGGGAGGAUGUAUGUAAUCGUGUAUCGGUUUAGAUUUGAUCGUUUCGAAUAGAGAAUAUCUUAGCUUGCCGUCGUUCGCAUUAUUUAUUUCACGAUAAACUUUGACGCGUAUAUACAUGUAUAAGUUUUUUUUUGUUUCUUCUUUUUUCUUUUUUUUUUCUCCUUCUAAGUAGAUAGUGCAUGUUGUUAGAUGAUUCAUCGAGCGUUACGUUUGUAUUAUCACUUUGUAUUAUCGAGGGUAGAUCGGGUAAUUAUUGAAUUUUGAUAACGUUUUGGGGAACUUUGUUGUUGUGAGGGGCAACUCUUUGUAUCUGUAUCGCUAGUUUUUCUAUACCUAAUACGUAUACGUAUGUAACGAUUACUCGUAGAGACUCUUGCUUAUGCAUACGUAGAGGGUGAUUAUGAUUUUACGAUAAUGAAGCUGUUGCGCUGUUAUUUUGUAAGAUGUAAUUAAUUAAUUGCUCGCACGAAAUUAGAUGUAUAUUAGUGUUUCUUUAUCUUUCUUUAAAAAAGAUUUAAGUCUAAGACGAUUUAUAAGCACAAUUAUGUUGAUAUUAUUAUAAAUAGCUUCGUUUAGCAAACGACGGCAAUCAAUUCUCCCAUCAUAUCGUUGUAUUUUCACCUUUCUUUCCGGUAGAUGGACGAUCGUGCGUGCAUUCUAUAUAAUUUGAAUAAAAGAAAGAGAAAGAGAAGAAGGAAGAAAGUCUAUUGGAAAAAAGUAAAAUAAACGGGGGGAAAAAGAAAUCGUUUGAAACGCGAAUUCGAGUAUUGCAUUUGUAAUUGAAUGAAUUUUUAAAUUAUCGAUUUAAGAGGAAAGAAAUAAAAAUGAAUAAAUAAUAAAAUAAAAUAAAAUAAAAGAGUGCACGCACGAUCGAGAAUAUCUUUAGAAAUCUGUCAAUAAUCCAUAAAUGAAACAUUUUUGGCUACGUAAGUCAGCUUUAGAAGAAACAUUUAGUAGGACAAUAGAGGAAAAGAAAUUUCUCCCCUGAUAAUGAAUACUUAAUAUAAAAAAAAUCACGCGCAUUACGAUACGCCAGACAGACAAUAAGGUUUCAAAAUUGAUUUCGAGUAUUUGCGAGAUCUGUUGACACGAGCUACACACAUGUACGAUGAUGAUUAUUCGACUGAUUUUCAUUUUUAAUGACUACGAUUAAUUCUUCGAUAUACUAAAUAUAUAUAAAAUAACAAACGCCGAGCUGAACAUCCUCCGCUAUAACUAAUGCGUAUAAUUCGUAAUUCGUUCUUCUAAGCAAUUAUGUUUACGCGGGAUUUAAUUUUUUUUUUCUUUUUUUUUCUUCCAACAAUUGCUAGAGAUAUUUAAAACAAAAUACGGGCGGAUAUUUAACAAUCUGAUUUCGGGUCAAUUAAUAUUAUAUACAGGGCACAAUUUUUAUCGAAUUUCGAUCGACGACUUGUAGUCUGUUUUUUAAAGCUAUGUUACCAUCUAUUGAUGUAUAUUUCACAUUAAAGAGCAAUUCUUAUUAUCUUAUUAAUUCCGAUUGUCUCAUCUAUCCAUUAUAUCGUUUUCUCUCUCUCUUUUCUCUCUCUUCUUUCUCUCUCUUUCUUUCUCUUUUUUAAUUCAUACUUACCAACAAUUAUCCACGUUCAUAGGUGGAAUGAAAUUUAAUUUCUUAUUUCAUCCAUCUUUUAAAAGACGUACGAACUUUUUAACACGACACAUUCACAUCGAUCUUCGUGAAAUCCGUAACUGUAGCUCGGGUAUAUAUCAUACAGUAUUACUUAUUAUUAUUAUUAUUAUUAUUAUUGUUAUUAUUAUUAUUAUUAUUACAUUCAAUCAAGUACUAUCGUUAUGUCAUUUGAUAGAUACAAUUUUCUAUUGGAGGAAUUUCUCUUUUAAUAUGUAUACUAUGUAACGAAAGAUUUUACUGCCUCUUAUAUAUUGCGUAACUGAGAGAAGCUGCAGAAUUGGAUGAAAAAUAUCCAACCGAGAAUAAUAUUUACCGAUUUCAAGAAGAACGUUUAUUAUUAUCUCUAUCCUAUAAAUAUAUAUAUACAUAUACUUUGUAUUAAGUCUAUAAGUGUCUUUAAUUGUAUAACGAAAUAAGUAUAUAUUUCACGAUGGGCACCGCUUUAAGAAGUAUUUUGCAUGCGAAUGUUCUGAUCGUAGGCGGAUUAUUUUAUAAAACGUACUAAAAAAAAAAAAAAA